GGGCCUGCAAGGAGGUCGCUCAGAUCUACUUCCUGUCCAUGCUCAGUUGAGAAAUUUAGCUGACUGCGGCAUGCUCGUUCUCCCAGGCUCGUCUGCACUCUCAUCUUCGAAGCGCCAGGCGCUUUUUCAGCACAUCAAAGCCAUCAACCCGGACGUAAUCUCUGUUGAUGCAGUCUACAUCCACCUUGUCAAGUCCCCGAGCCAAUCGCUGCAGGAUGACCUAGCUAACAAAGCGUCGCCACAAAGACAAGCUAUUGAUCUAUUGCUUGACUACGGCGAUGACAUCAGACUUCCAUCGACAUCUGCAGCACUUGAUUCCGGGCACAAUGUCUUCUACGUUCUUCCAAGAGCCGGUUCCAUAUCACCGUGGUCCAGCAAAGCGACUGACAUCGCUGGUAUCUGCAACUUAUCACAACGCAUAGAUCGUCUCGAACGCGGGGUCGCGUUCGUCUUCCAGCUGGCAAACGACCAAGAUCUUGGGAAGGAAGAGUUGUCUGCGUUAUCCCAUUUGCUUCACGAUCGUAUGACGCAGAGCGUUCAUAUGGCUCUACCUGACGAGGAUUUGAUCUUUCAACAUCACGCCCCAAGCCCCCUGCGGACUGUGGAGUUGAGAGGUGAAGGAGAGGAAGUUGAUGCGGGUGUUGCACGUGAGAAGCUCUCGACAGCGAACAAAGCACUGGGACUCGCGCUCGCAGCAGACGAAUUGGAUUACCUGGUGGAGGCAUUUGUAUCUGGAUCGUCACCGAUCAACCGUAAUCCCACCGACGCUGAGCUAUUCAUGUUUGCUCAAGUGAACUCGGAGCAUUGCAGGCACAAAAUAUUCAACGCAUCGUGGACAAUAGACGAGACCCUUCUCGACCGGUCGCUUUUCCAGAUGAUCAGGAAUACAGAAAAAAUCAGUCCGCUUGGAACAAUCUCCGCAUAUUCUGAUAACGCAGCUGUUCUUGAAGGCGCCCAAGCUCCUCGAUUCGGCGUACAUCGUUCUACCGAACAUGUCUAUCAAGCUUCCGUCGAGAACAUGCCAAUUCUCAUCAAAGUCGAGACGCACAAUCACCCCACUGCGGUCUCUCCUUAUCCAGGAGCAGCUACAGGCUCAGGAGGGGAGAUUCGAGAUGAGGGAGCAGUAGGCCGAGGAUCGAAACCCAAGGCCGGACUGGCUGGCUUCACGGUCUCCAACCUUCUCAUACCGGGCUAUGAACAACCUUGGGAGACGGAUUUUGGCCGUCCCUCACACAUCGCGUCAGCUCUCGACAUUAUGAUUGAAGGUCCUCUAGGCGCGAGUGCCUUCAACAAUGAAUUCGGUCGUCCAGCCCUUGCAGGCUACUUCCGCACAUUCUCUGAAUCUGUCCCUGCCUCAGAGGACGGAUCAAAACAGGAGAUCAGAGGCUAUCACAAGCCAAUUAUGAUCGCUGGUGGAUACGGGAAUGUCCGUCCUCAGUUCGCGAUAAAAACGCGGAUUUCCCCUGGGGCGAAGAUCGUCGUGCUUGGCGGCCCAGGUAUGCUCAUCGGUCUGGGCGGUGGAGCAGCAUCCAGUCAGGUGUCCGGUGCUAGCUCUGCGGAACUGGAUUUUGCAUCUGUACAGAGAGACAAUGCAGAGAUGCAGAGGAGAUGCCAGCAAGUUAUCGACGCUUGCGUUGGCUUGGGAGAGGGUAGUCCUAUUCAGAGCAUCCAUGAUGUGGGCGCCGGUGGACUGUCCAAUGCACUCCCAGAGCUGGUCCAUGACUCAGGACUUGGUGCGAGGUUUGAGAUCAGAGACGUACUUGUCGCGGACAGCUCUAUGUCUCCCAUGGAGAUAUGGUGUAACGAAAGUCAGGAGCGCUAUGUCCUCGCUGUGUCGGCAGAGAAGGCCAGCGAGUUCGAGAGAAUAGCAAAGAGGGAACGGUGUCCAUUCUCCAUUGUCGGCGUCGCAACACAGGAAGAAGAACUCAUUGUCACCGACCGCCUCCUUUUGCAAGAUGUCAUUAACCUCAAAAUGUCGACACUUUUCGGGAAGCCCCCUCGCAUGUCGCGCAAGGAUACCUCGCGGAAGAUUGGUUUCACAGAUUUUGACACUGCCCUUUCCGCAUAUCUUCCGAACUCUACCUUGUCCGACCGCUUGCCUCUUGCAGUAGACCGCGUUCUUCGUCUUCCAUCAGUAGGGUCAAAGUCUUUCCUGAUCACCAUCGGAGACAGAACCAUCACGGGCUUGGUGACUCGCGACCAAAUGGUUGGGCCGUGGCAGGUCCCAGUCGCUGACGUCGCCGUUACCCGGUCAUCAUAUGGCUUUGACGUCCUGAGUGGCGAAGCUAUGGCAAUGGGUGAACGAACACCUGUAGCUCUGCUAAAUCCAUCUGCAUCCGCUCGGAUGGCUAUCGCCGAGGCACUCACCAACCUAGCUGCAGCUUCUGUCUCCAGCCUUUCCCGUGUCAAGCUCAGUGCAAACUGGAUGUGCGCCGCAUCUAAGGAAGGCGAAGGUGCAGGAUUGUAUGCUGCUGUGGCCGCUGUUGGUAUGGAACUUUGUCCAGCGCUGGGUGUUGGCAUCCCCGUCGGCAAAGAUUCAAUGUCGAUGUCGAUGAAGUGGAAGCAAGGAGAGGAGCAGCGAGAAGUCAGUGCACCGUUGUCUCUCAUUGUUACGGCGUUCGCGCCGGUGAACAAUGUCGAUCAAACAUGGACGCCUCAGCUGCGCACAGACCUGAAAGAAACGACUGUGCUUGUCUUCUUCGAUCUUGCUCAUGGUAAGACGCGCAUGGGUGGAUCAGCGCUUGCGCAAGUUUUCAAGGAGAUUGGGUCGGAGGCACCAGACGUCGAGAAUCCUCUCACAGUCCGAACGUUCUUCGAUGGGUGUCAGAAGAUCAAGAAGAGCCAACCUGAUUUGGUUCUUGCAUAUCACGACCGCUCGGAUGGAGGUCUCUUCACAACUGUGUCGGAGAUGUGCUUCGCUGGUCGGGUAGGGGCUGUAAUUUCCCUUGACACUCUCCACAGUGCUUCUGACCCAGUGGCGACCCUGUUCAAUGAAGAGCUAGGAGCUGUCGUUCAAGUACGCGAGUCCCACUUGAGCAAGCUCAUGAGCGAGUUUGUCGACGUCGGUUUCCCUUCCACAUCCAUCCACGUCAUUGGGCGAGUCAACAUCGACCCUUCUGACCAACUAUUCGCCAUCAAUCACGAAUCCAAAGUGCUAUUUUCGAGCACACGCCAUGAGCUUCAACAGGCCUGGGCCGAGACUUCGUUCCGUAUGCAAUCUUUGCGCGACAACCCUAUUGGAGCACGGCAGGAGUUCGACCUCAUCAAGGAUCACACUCACAAGGGUUUAUUUUAUGAUCUCGCAUUUGAGUACGCACCAUCCCCCUCACGAAGUCUCUCAUCGCGUCCGAAGGUUGCCAUCUUGCGUGAGCAAGGUGUUAACGGACAUGUGGAAAUGGCUUGGGCAUUCACGGCGGCAGGUUUUGAUGCCGUGGACGUACACAUGUCUGACAUUCUAUCUGGAGAACUGUCACUUUCGAGCUUCCGCGGGCUAGCAGCUUGUGGUGGCUUUUCCUAUGGAGACGUUCUUGGCGCUGGGAAAGGCUGGGCUCACUCAGUGCUUUUGAACGACAUAGCGAGGAAGGAGUUUACCCGCUUCUUCGCAGACAAAAAUACGUUCACUCUUGGCGUCUGCAAUGGCUGCCAAUGGCUCAGUCAUUUGAGAGAGAUCAUUCCUGGUGCAGACCACUGGCCCGACUUCAAGCAGAAUGCUUCUGAACGCUUCGAGGGCCGUGUAUCCAUGGUCGAAGUCACCUCUAACGAAGUGACAAAGGCCUCUGUCUUCUUGCGAGACAUGAUCGGGUCCAAGCUACCUGUUGCUGUUGCUCACGGAGAGGGAAGGGUGUCAUUCUCGGACGACACACAAGCAGAUGCCCUGCGGAAAGCAGGACUCGUCGCACUGCAGUACAUCGAUUCUGCGGGUGAACCCACGGAGGUUUACCCGUUGAACCCGAAUGGCAGUCCCGGUGGGAUUACUGGCGUUCAGACCAUCGACGGCAGAAUAUUAGGUCUCAUGCCACAUCCAGAACGUGUCGUAGCUUUGGAGAGUUGCAGCUGGUAUCCACUCGGGUUUGCGGAGUCUUGGGACGGCUCAAGUCCGUGGUUCAGGCUUUUCCAGAGUGCUCGUGCCUGGGCGAAUUAGAGGAGAGCAUAGAAAUGCGCAUACUAAAGUGAAAUUGGAUUACCGAGAGAAUUCGAAGAGAUUGUAUCGUGAUGAGGAAAUAUGAGCACUGUAGCUGGUCCGGUCGUAUAUAAAGUGAUAUUAAAUAUUUGUUCUCGAUCGAUGAGGCUGUAUAACCACGACAAACAGCGUUUUUAAGUCUUG